AUGGGCGGCGAAACCGUGCCGGUGGAGGAAGCAGAAGCGAUAGAUUUGUCUGCCGUAUAUGCGGACAUAGAUGUAAAAGUAUCAGUGCGGAUUGUUGACAGGAUAGGGUCGUUUGGAGCAAUUGAAUUUUUAGCCCUCACAGCGAAGGACAACCUAACGACGGAGUUCAUAAACUUGCAGGCAGCUUAUGACUACUACAACGAAUACGGUCGCAUAAAGGGAUUCUCGGUGAGGAGGUCAAAGAUAUUCAUGUGCUCGACGGAAGGAGAGCAAGAUGGGAAACACAUGGAGCAGGGAGAGAGGAAGAUAGAUCCUCGAAUGAUCACAUGGUGCGGGUGUGAAGCUCGGAUUAAGGUGCACGUUGAUGAUACCAGUGGGCGACGGUUUGUUGAAAAAUUCUGUGAUAACCAUAAUUAUUUCAUGCUGGAUGCGAGGUUUAGGGGUCUUAUGCGGUCACACAGAGCAGUCAAGGAAGGUGAUUUGUACCAAAUCAAUUCGAUGAGGAAAGCUGGGUUGCGAGUGCCGAUGAUAUUCCGAGCCUUUGCCAAUCAGUCAGGGGGAUUUGAGACUGUUGGGUUCGAGAUAAAGGACAUCUAUAAUGCAAUAGAGAAGCAAAGGCGGGCAGGCGCGACAGAUGCUGAGGCCGUGUUGAACUUCUUGGCAAAUUUAAGGACUACCGAUUGUGGAAUGUUCUGGAAGUACUCUUUGGAUUGUGAGAAGAGGUUAGAAAAUCUUUUCUGGUGCGAUGGUACUAGUCGUUAUGACUACAGUGUGUUUGGAGAUGUCCUGGAGUUUGACGCAACGUACGGUCGUAACAAAUACAAGUGCCUGUUGGUAAUAUUCUAA